UUCCGGAAUAGAAAAUGCUUUUAAAUAUUAGUUUUCAAACAAAAAUUAAAAUAGCUUCCUCCAAAAUCUCUUCUACAAGAAACAAAAGUUAUACCAAACGGGCCCUAAAUAUCGAGUUAGUUAGACAUUUGUGAUUCAAUACUCUUUUAAGUGCCAGCUUUUGGGCCAAUACAUUCUCAAUAACUAGCUCGUGUAACAAUGUUGCCCCUAAAUGAUCAGGGUUACAUGACAUCCAUGAUUACAUUGAUUAACAGUAUUUGGUAUUAAGAACCUUUAAAAAAUGUGCAAUUAAAUUAACUAGACAAACUUUUCUCAAUUAUGAGUUUUGCACGAAUAAAACAGAGAAAACACUUGGCAGUAGAUGAAAUCCAUUCUAUACUUCUUGUUCUUUUCUAGCUCCGUUGGAUCAAUUAAGUAUUUUUCUGAUGAUGCGGUGCUAUUGCUUCAUGCAUAGUCAUCCUUUCUGUGGGGAUAUAUAUUUUCCUCAGUCAUUGGAGGAGCCUUGGUCGACAAAUAUGGAGGAAAACGUGUUAUUGCGUGGGGUGCAGCUCUCUGGUCUCUGGCCACUCUCCUUACUCCAUGGGCUGCAAAUCACUCCACAGGCAGCCUAUUGGCUGUCCGUGCUUUUUUUGGACUAGCCGAAGGUGUUGCUCUACCUUCGAUGAACACCCUUUUAUCAAGGUGGUUUCCAAGCCAUGAAAGAGCUACUGCUGUUGGAAUAGCUAUGGGCGGAUUCCAUCUUGGAAAUGUUGUGGGAUUAAUCUUAACUCCUCUCCUAAUGUCAUCAAUUGGAAUUUCUGGCCCUUUCAUUCUCUUUUCAUCUCUUGGAUUUCUCUGGUUAACAACAUGGUCAUAUCGAGUGACGGAUGACCCAAUAGAGAGCAAUUCUGUAAGUAAAUCAGAGUUGCGUUUAAUCCAAGCUGGGAAAUCUGACUCUCAAGUCAUCAAGGGAAAGCUUCCACCUUUACGCCUUCUCUUAUCAAAAUUGCCCUCGUGGGCAAUUAUCUUCGCUAAUAUCACGAACAACUGGGGAUACUUUGUUCUUCUAUCAUGGAUGCCUGUUUAUUUUAAAACUGUAUUCGAUAUAAAAUUGAAGCAAGCAGCUUGGUUCAGUGCACUUCCAUGGGGAACAAUGGCAAUCUCAGGCUACAUUGCAGGGGCAACGUCUGAUUACUUGAUCAAAUCAGGGUACUCCAUAACGUCAGCAAGGAAAAUUAUGCAGUCAAUAGGUUUCAUUGGCCCGGGGGUGGCACUGCUCUGUUUGAACUAUGCUAGAACGCCAGUAGUUGCAUCUAUUUUCCUUACAGUUGCCCUGAGUUUGAGUUCUUUCAGCCAAGCUGGCUUUUUACUGAAUAUGCAAGAUAUUGCACCACAGUAUGCAGGUUUUCUUCAUGGGAUUUCAAAUUCUGCUGGGACAUUGGCAGCAAUAAUCAGCACGAUUGGGACAGGAUUCUUCGUGCAGUGGCUAGGAUCUUUUCAAGCAUUCUUAACUCUCACAUCAUGUCUCUACUUCACCGCAACUGUUUUUUGGAAUAUCUAUGCCACCGGAGAGAGAGUAUUCUAGACAGCAAUGAAUCCAUGAGUAUUCAAAUGUGUAAUCUAACUUUAAAGAGUAAUAGUUUUGCACCACAUUUUGAAGAAGGGUAAAUCCAACGUAUCAAGAAUAAAAGGAUAAAUAGGAGAUAAGAGGGAUAUAAAUCGUAGGGAAAUCCGGCGGACGAGUUUGAUCUUAAUCGUGUACAGCUUAACACAAUCGUAUAAUUGUUUGAUCAGAUAGAUGAAAUACUUGUUGACA